CAAAUAGAGAUAUCUAAGUACACCGUAGAUUUAAUAAAUUAUUGAAGUAUACAGAAAAUGGCCAGCAUACUUCCAUUCACUGAAGCCAAUACCCAAAGGGUGGCAUCCUUAUUUAGAAAGGCUUUAAGAACUGCCUAUGAUUCAUCUUAUAAAUUCGAUGCCUAUAGAUUAGAAACUAUUAAGAUAAGACAACAAUUUGAAGUUAAUAGACAUAUUAGUGAUCCAACUGAAUUAGAAGAAGUUAUUGCUAAAACUGUUGAUAAAUUACAAGAAGCUAAACAUCCAGAUCCUUAUAUUGCCCCAUGUAGACCAGGUGGUACUAAGUUUCAAAGAAACAUUGAAGUUCCAAGAACUCCUUUGGUUCCUGGGGACUGGUGAACAUUGGGACUUAUUUGUUAAUCUUAGUGUAAUAUUCAUCUUAGUUUGUCAUAUAUUAUUGGCAUCUAUUCAUUCAUUCAGCAUAUAUAUAUCAAUUGUUUCAUUAGAAUGGUACUGAUACAUAACUUGAUCUAUAUUUUCAUUCAUCCCUAUAAAAAGACAUAUAGAAACAAGCAUAGUUAAAUCGAUCAAAACAAAAACUAUACAUCAUAUAACGAUAUCUAAUGACAAUUAUAAAUCCACUCCUACAUCAGGCGAUAACUUAGAUCAAUUAUUUGUCCUGUUUGUUCAUAUUAUUAUUAUUACUUCUUGUUUAUUUAAUUACAUAUGUUAUCUAUUUUAUUUAACCUUAUAGUAUACACCUCUAUGUAUAUGUUUAUACAUAAAUAUAACGCACACAUUUAUAGUAAAUAA